AUGGCUAGGCACCAACCAAUGUCGAUGGAGGCGAUGCUCGACGAAGAGCGGAGGGAAGUGCUUGCGCUGCUCGAGGGGCCCCAAGCAUCACGAUCAAGCAGAGCCCCAAGCAGCAUAGGAGGCCGGUCGCCAUCUCCCUUCACGCCGCGAUCCCCAGUGCGGUCCAUGUUAGACAUUGCGCCUGUUAGAAGCAUGCUCGAUGUCGACACCCCUCCUCCCGCGCCAGUACGAAGCAUGUUGGAUGUGGACUCCCCACCAAGCCAGAAGCAUGUCCUUAGCACACCCUCUUCGCCAAUCGAACACACCGGCUCUCGAAGCCUUCUUGCCCCAGCCCCGUCUGGGCACCCACGGAGCAUGUCCGAUGCCGCCAUGAGACCCGCCGACUUUGGCCCCCGGGCCAACCCUCGGCACGACCCAACACUCGACUACCAAUUUGGAGGAAUCAUCACAAACCAUGCAGGCGCCGCCAUGCCGAAAAGAGUGACGAUGGGCGGGAAGCGCUCCAGCGCCAUGGCAGAAGUUAUGAGAGGCAACGAUGUGUCGGGGCUUGUUCUCCCUGGCGAUCGUGGCCGUCACUCGAUUGCUGGACCGGCGUAUAGCAGCCGAAAAGCCGGGAACAAAUCCAAGUCUCCCACCAACAGACUAGGGGUGCGCUCUCACUCGCCUGCCUUGCUCGGGCGAAAUCUCAGCCCGGCCGGGCGCGCCAUGCUUGGGGAUAACCAGACUGUCGACUACAACAAUGCGUACCGCCGCUUAUCAGAUGCCGCCUUGGCUAGGUCCGGGGGCUCGCUGGGUGAGCUCGGGAGAAGGAAGAAGUCGGAUGAUGGGUCCAGUAACGGCAGACUCGCCAAGGACUAUCUGGGACCUGAUGGGGAGUUUGUCGAGGAAAGCAGUGACGAUAGCGGAGGAAACUCUUCGGAGGAAGACGAGCGGGGUAGGAAGGCCGCUCGAAGCUUUGAUAAGAAGCCGCAGGGCAGCUCGGAAUCACCGGAGGCUAAGAGGCAGGUGCGGAGCUUGCUUGCGGCUGCGGAGGAGGAACGGAUCCAUGUUGCCUCUUCCCAGCCGGCUCACAAAUACAGGUCUUUGCUGGACGAACCUUCAAUUACUGUUACGAAUCCAUCCGGCGAGAAGGAACGGGUCAAACACAGCAGCAAGAACGUCAUUCACCCAGCGACCAGCUUCGACACGCCGCCUAGCGGGACGCACACACCAAUGUAUACCGACACGGAAGAGGACAUCUCGGACAUCAAGAGGGCGCAAAAGAUGUCCUUUGCCAUGACGCAGGUGAUGGAAACGCCCGAGUCCCACAGGACGAUCCAGAUUAUUACCAGAGGCGACUAUGCUAAGCUUGUCAAGGACGCCGAGGAGGAACACCGACCUGCGAGGAAGUAUUUGGUUGCUACGGAUAUGAGUGACGAGUCUACCCAUGCGCUCGAGUGGGCUAUUGGGACUGUGCUCAGGGAUGGCGACACGCUGCUUGCCAUUUACUGCGUGGACGAGGAUGCUGGGAUUGAGGCGAAUCCGAACUCGGUGGUGCCGGAUGAGUCCAAGGCGAUGAAGGAGCAAGCGGCUGCCAUCACGGCCGUGACGAACAAUACCAGGCAGCCUGCUACACCGGGGGGGACUGCACUGCCUCUUAGGAUCUCUUCGCUGGGUCACCAGGCGAGCGAGGCUAGUUUGAGCCCUGCGCCGUCGAGCAUGGAGAGGAGCAAAGCGGAGGAGGAGAGGUAUAGGGCGGUGAAGGAUAUCGGGGACAGAGCGAUGAAGCUGCUGAGGAAGACGCGGUUGCAGGUCAGGGUGAUUGUGGAGGUUCUGCACUGCAAGAACCCAAAGCAUUUGAUCACGGAGGUGAUUGAUUUAGUGAACCCGACAGUGAUACUUGGCUCCUUUUCGAACUAUUUGGUAACUAAGAGUUCGGUUCCGGUCAUGGUGGCGAGGAAGAAGCUUAGGAAGCAGAGCAAGUACAAGAAGAUUGCCGCCGGGGCGAGCCAGCACCAGGUGAACAAUAUUAACAACCCCACGGCGAGGAGUUUGGCGCAGGCCAAGAUUGAUUAG